GCCAGAACUAUGAGUUUUGCGUAAUCGUAAACUAGGGACAGGGAUCCCAGAAGGAUCCGAGGGGUGAAGCGAAGGAAAGUAAGACACUUCGGGGCGCGGCGAGUGAAAAGAAAUAUAUAAAACAGGGCACUUGUGUGAUCUUACCAGCUAGAAUCCGAAGUUGUGAUUUACCUAAGAGUCAAGGUGGAGAACCGAACUACUAAUCCAUUCAAAGAUGAGCUUGAUGUCUGCUAUUGACACUAGUGCCUCUGUGUACCAGCCUGCACAGCUUUUGAACUGGGUUUACCUCUCUUUACAAGACACCCACCAGACCAGUGCGUUUGAUGCAUUCAGGCCAGAGUCUAAUUCUUCCCAUCCGGAUCUGACCUACACCAAGCCUCCCGCUGCUGACUUGAGCUCCUCUCUAAAUUCCAACUAUCUCAACAACUUCUUUCAGCUCCAAAGGAAUGAGGCCUUGAAUAACAGCUCGUAUAAAAGCACCUCCCCCUAUGGCUCCCUCAACAACAUAGUGGACGGCCUGAGUUCCCUGACAGACCACUUCUCCGACCUGUCCCUCUCCUCCGAACCGCGGAAACCCAGCAAGAGGCCCCCGCCCAACUACCUGUGCCACCUCUGCUUCAACAAGGGCCACUACAUCAAAGACUGCCCACAGGCCAGACCUAAAGGGGAGGGCUUGACUCCGUAUCAAGGGAAGAAGAGGUGUUUUGGAGAGUACAAAUGCCCCAAAUGCAAGAGGAAGUGGAUGAGCGGAAACUCCUGGGCCAACAUGGGACAAGAAUGUAUCAAAUGCCAUAUCAAUGUUUACCCACACAAACAGAGACCCUUGGAGAAGCCAGAUGGCCUGGAUGUCUCGGACCAGAGUAAAGAGCACCCUCAGCAUCUGUGUGAAAAGUGCAAAGUCCUGGGCUACUACUGCCGCCGCGUGCAAUAAUCCCAAAGAAGAUGGUGGGGCGGCCAUUUUCUUCAGCUCUUUACUGGCUUAUUCACAAGGGCUCUUUCUUUAAGAAGUGAACCGUGCCAAAUUUUAUAUACAUACAGCUUAAUCGCUAAAGGCCUUCGAACACCAAUGCCACCUGAUACAUUUUACCUGUGUAUGUGUGUAAUUGAAUUUGUUUUUUUUAAUCAUUUUUUAUAAUUAACAUUAAUCAUAAUAGUAAUGAUGUCACUGACGGUAUUGCUACCCAUAUCCAUUGCAAUAGAUUACCUCACCGCGGUGUCUGUUGGCCAUUGUCAUCACUUCCCAGUGGUGUCUGUUGUUUACAGAGGUCUUUUCUAACCCUCCUGAGUGACACACGUAGAUGCGCUCAGCGGUUUCACAUCGUUUAGGUUUCUUAAUUUAACGAGGCUCUUCACGUCGUGUGCUGUUCAUUGGGGCAGCAGCACAUCUAACUGUGAAUUAAUUUAGGGAUUAUGAAGAGUUCAUCCCUGGCUUGUAUGUUGCCUGUGUAUUUAUUACUGGAGAGCCACCAGGAUUUGGUUGUGGGCUAUCAUUCGUUUUGUAUUGUGUAUUUGUACUGAUUUUAAGUGGGACAUACAUGUAUGUAUACACCUUUCAUAGUGAUUCCAUUGGUAUUUAGAAACUACUGUAGAUGAAAUAGCUUUGAAUUAAAAAAAAAAGCGUUAGCAAACUAGACAAUAUAUUUUAUCAAUGUAUCUGGUGGUCCCUGAGCUAGAUUGCGUACUUAAAUUAUGUAGACAUUGGCUCAAGAAAUAUUAAUUGUACAUGACAGACAACUGUGCAAUACCAUAACAUACACUCAGUGAGCACUUUAUUAGGUUUUUAUUAGACUUAUUUUGUAGAUUCUUUGGUCUUCUGCUGCGGUAGCCUAUUCACUUAAGAGGUUUGACAUGGUGUGUGUUCAGAGAUGCACUUCUCCAUACCACUGUUGUAAUGUGUGGUUAUUUGUGUUACUGUCGCCUUCCUGUUAGUUUUGACCAGUCUGGCCCUUCUCCUCUGAGCUCUCUCAUGAAGUUUUUUCCUGCAGUACUGCAGCUCACUGGAUGUUUUUUGUUUUUUUGCACGAUUCUCUGCAAACUCUAGAGACUGUUGUGCGUGAAAAUCCCAGGAGCAGUUUCUGACAUACUCAAUCCUCCCUUGUCUGGCACCAAUAAUCAUUCCACGGCCAAAGUCACUUAGAUCACAUUUCUUCCCCAUUCUGACAUUUGGUCUAGAAAACAGCUGAACCUCUUGACUAUGUCUGCAUGCUUUUAUGCAUUUAGAGGCUGCCAGAUGAUUGGCUGAUUAAAUAUUUGCAUUAACAAGCUGGUGUAUAGGUCUACCUAAUAAAGUGCUCAGUGGGUGUAUUUUAAAAUGAUACAUGGCGCAGAAUUGUGGGAUUUAAAGUUUUAUUUGAGCAUUGUGCAAGCUCACACUUUCUUUUAGAGAUGAGCAGCAGCUCACUGCUAAUCCGGAGAAACCUACAACAGAACAGACUGGAGAUCUGUGCGAUUUGACCCCAUCUCCAUGUGUUUACGUUGAAUAGUAACAUGAGCAAAGGAUAAGAAAUAUGUUUGUAUGGGUUUCAUCUCCUCCCUUGCAUGAUUAAUGUGCAAACCUUAGGGUUCUGAAAAAGUAUAAUUUACACAGCUUGCGAAUUGAUUUGUUUGUCUACUCAUAUUUCCUGGAAUUUUGAUCCUACACUUAGCUGUAGUUUGCCCACAGGGACAAUUAGCUCUGCCAUCUCUGAAUUUAUUUUUGUAGAUAUGUGAUUGGACACCUACAAUAGAGUAUCUUUCACCGCUUCAAACUGGUUAUUUUACAUUUACAUGUUUACUGUAUGCUCACUCAGGUCAGCUGCACUGUUGAAAUGGUAAAUGAUCAGGUAGAUUCUUUUAUUUUAUGGUAUUUAGACUUCAAAAUGUCUCACUUAAAGUUGAGCUGAUAGCCUACUUGGUAUUAUUUAAACAUCUGACAUUUAACAUUUAAUGUAUGACAUUUCCCAUGCUCAGAACUAUUUAAUUCACAUAUUGCAAAGGAUUUUUGAAAGAUCUUGUGCCUUGUCCACAACUCUACUAGUAUUACAUAGCAUUGGUCUAAGUACUACAUCACUGUUCAGCUUUUUUUAAUCACAUUUAGAAAGUGGAAAGUUCUCUACUAUCACCCUACUGCAAAGUAACAUAAUUAUAUUACCCUAUCAGACUGUAGUAAUUGGCGGUUGGCGAUUUAAAUGCACUGUUUGGCAGGAAAGAUACUGUACAGAUGUCUGAUAGUGAUACAGUGUUAAAUUGUAGUGAGCUACAUUUCAGGUUGUGGGUGUCAAAUAUGUGGAUAUACAUAUAUUGUCCAUGUUUGUAGUUGUCCUUAGCCCUUUACAUUGUUAGAUAUAGCCUACAUAGAGCUCUGUUGGUGUUGACAGACAAUAAUAAGCAGGAAAAUGAGGAAUGAGAUACCUUUGGUGCAAUCUAUGGAAUUACAACUAUCUAUUUUACUGCGUUUUCAGAGGGAUCGGGAUUAUUUUGAUUCAAAUGUAGCUUUCAUUGGAGCCGCUUGCUCACUUAAAUUAAUGUUGUAUCUGGCACGAAAUAGAUUAGAAUUUUGUAUUUGCCUUAUUAAUGACACGUUUUACUUUAAAUUUUACUUAUGAUAUUUUUAAACAAAUGAUCAGUGAACUGAAAUGGUAAUUAUAAUCUUAGUGAACUGCAAAUAAAGUCGACUUCUGGCUUCAGAUGCCAAAGCUUGCAGUAAGUCAGUUCACACAGGGUGUGCUUCAGGCUCGACGGUGGUUUCCUGACCAAAUUUUUAUUCUCAUUCAGUGAGACCCAAGUCAUACUUACUGUAGCUGUCCAAAUAAAAAGAAGCACUGUACGGCCACAAAAAAACAAAUAUAUAUAUUUUCUAAUAGCUACAUAUAUAUAUAUAUAUAUGAUUUGCCAUCCCUUCUCUAUCUAAGCUUGGGUGGGUUGAAGAAUCAUAUAAGACUGGAUUCUCAGUUCUCAUCACAGAUGCCAGAGAGAAAUCAAGAGAGGGAAAAGUCAUUUAAAGGGAUACUGAUCAUUGUUGUAAAAACAAUUAACAGUGAAAGACGGAAAGUGAUGUUAUUGAAAAAUGUUUAUGCUUGUAGCAGGUUAAGCGGAUGCAGAGGCCUAGGUUUUUUUUCUUAAUUCCUUUUCAGUUUACAUAACUUUCUCAUCCCUCCGUGUUGUUGUUCAUUCAUAGUCAUAACUCAUUUCAGGCUUUUUAAACAAAUGAGCAGAGCCAGCAUAUCACUUCCUUUGUCGUCUUGUCUAAGAUUUCCCCUUUCAUGACAUUAGUGUCAUCAAUAUAUUUAGCCUCCUGCUAGACUUUAAAAGGGAUUGAGACACAGUUUUAGAUUCAACAUGCAAAAGGGGGCAUGUUUAUUUGUAAACUAAGGCUUAUUUUCCAAUUGCAAUGCACUUUGUCAUUAACUUUAACAAAUACAUUUUGACAAGUGUGUUCUUUCUGUAACUUUCUGUAAAAAUUUUUAUUUAUUUCAGUAACCACCAAACUCGCAGUGUACUGUACACAUCAAAAACAAAUCUUGUUUAAAGUUGUUAUUCCACUCUAAGGAUAACAUCUCCAAGCAUUUUGAUUUAACAGAGGCUGAGAGACAUUAAAAUUGAGAAAUAUAUAGCUUUAUAUUUUAUAUGAACCUCGAGGGACUUUCUGUGCCUCUCAGAUAAAUGUGUAAUUUCACCAUUUAUUAUAGAGUACAUAAGCUGUGUAAUGUGCAUACCUAAAGCAAAAGAUGUACCUAAUACAUUUUUCUAUUUAGACUUUUUUUCCAAUAGCUACAUAAUAUAUUGAAUGAAUAUGUAAGCAGUAUAUAAGGGUAACUAAACUUGAAAUACUUAAAGUGGAACUUUUAGAAUAUUUUAGGCAUUAUCCGUGCUAUUUUGUAAUACCAAUUUUUUACCAAUUGUUUCUCUUUCGAUUUGAAAUGUCCAAUCAUAAUAUUUGGCCUUUUCUUCUCGCUGCAACUGCCUCUAACAUUGGGUGCAGACAAGCACUCCACUAAAGUGUGUUUCAACAGCUGCCUCUUUUCACCCCACAGUCCAUUACGAUGUGAAAUUUGGAGUCCGGCAACUCGGUGUGGUGUGCACUUCGCCCCUGCUCGCUGAGGCCAUUAUAUUCACUCACGAGAGGGACCAGCCGCAGUGUGCCUAGGGCUAACCUGCCCUCAAACUGCUCCCUGUUUGGGGACACUAUGGCCAGUUAUGUGGGGCUGCUGACCACGGUCGCGAGUGGCAUAGUCAGGGUUCAAUGGCGGACCUUGGGGUCCAUCCCUACACAGUGAACGCAGUGUCUGCAUGCAGAAUGAGCCACCUGCCUCCUCAUACUGCCACAUUUUCACUCAAUCACUGCUCUGUCCUUCUAUGGGGCUGGCAGAGAUUCAAGCCGACCAGUCAAACAGGCAGAGCUGAGAAUAGUGUGUAUAGGCUGCAAAGGCUUGUCUUUCAUGAACUGCUUAUUAGUUAAAAUAAACUAUUCUGUAGGCAGCGGGUUAAAACAGAACAGCUGAAAACAAUUAGCCAUUAUCCUUGGCAUCGUACAGAUGGGAAAACAAUACAAUUAGCCCAAACCUCGUCAGGGCUGACGUUUAAACCAGCUAAUAAUUUCAUUCACACCAUUACUGAAAGAAAAAAAAAUUCUUCUGGAAAAAACAAUCAGCAUGGUUGUCAUGGAAAUAAAGACAUGCUAUUCAAAGCCAACACUAAACACGCUCAUUCCCGUUUCUAGCUAUUGCAUCUACUUAAAUGUGCAAUCUUUGUUUUGGAAACAAUCUAUUUCUAACACUCAUGGACAGCAUGGAAAACACAUCAGUUUUAUCAGCCAAAUAAGAUUUUUUGUGGAUUGGUGUUGUUUUAAAUAAUAAGGCCUGCUUGCAGUGUUACUUUUUGAAUGUGUCUCUAAUGUGAACUUGUGGAAUGUGAAAUUCUCAUUGCAAAGAGGGUUCCAAAAAUGACGUCAAAUGAAUGUUAUGACCACCAUGGGAUAGGGAAGGGCUAUAAAGUGAAAUUAUUAUGCAACUAAAGUAAUUUAGCCUGUUUCUUGAAUUUUCUGCAAUGCUGUUGUAAACAGGUAGACGUACUGCAUACAGAUUACACACACCAUUUGCAUUAACAGGAAACAUUCAGACCAUGAACAGCUCUGCUUUACUUGUCCCUACGGGGCUUUUGAAAAGUUCUUAAAUAUAAUGAAAAACCUCUCCUGAACCGUUUUCCACAGUUGGACCAAGUCUUGCCACUGACUUUGUUCUUAUAUGAUUUAUGUGAACACAAGACAUAGACUGGCUCAUAUCUACGAGAGUGAUGAAAACAUAUAUUUUAAAGUUAUUUUUGUGCAAAUACACACCUUUUAAAGGUGUCUUUUUUUUUGUCCUGUCCUUUCCUUUAAACAAGAAACCGUCCAAAUGUCAUGUGACUACCACCCCCUUUAAGGGACUGUGAUGAAAUUGUGCAAAAGCUGGCUCCCUGCAAGUAAUAAAGCAGCCUUCAACAUAUGGACUCAGGACUUUUUUCAGUCCACAAAAUAAAGACAUCCCUAUACCUAAUAUACUGUAAUUAGUGGAAUAAAAUGCCACUCUGCGAGCCAUUGAUAAUGUCUGGGAGAAAAUUCUAUGAGUAAGCCAAUGUGCCCUGGAUGAAUUUCAUAAAGGGCCAAAAGCCACAAUACAAACUCACCUUUUCAGUGUACAUUACAAGCUUGCUGUCCCAUUUUCCUUGAGAUACAGAUACUUGACUUUUGCUGUUCUUUUGAGUGUUGAGUAUUUCCUACAUAAUUGUGAUGUAUGUAUUUUGGAAAAAUAAAUAGAUGUUAACAUCGUUAGAUCAAUUGCUAGCCGUACAAGACUUCGACCCUGUCAGAGAUCUUUGCAAUUACUAUUUUGUGUAUAUAUUUGAAGGCCGUCAUUUUAAGAUUUAUAUCUGUUGUUUUUAAUUGUUAAAAUUGCAAUAUCUGAGCUUUUUUUUUGUUAUAAGGGCCUAUAUCUUUGAAAUAUAAACAAAGCUGGGAGUUUUUCUUUAAUGUUUUACAAUCUGAGGUUAUAUCCUGCAAAAUAUAUUUAAGGAAGAAUUUUUACAUAACGUUUGUUUGUAUAAAAUAUGCAACAAAACUACACUAAGAAGGAAAUAUUGAUGUCUACAAAGAUUAUUAUAUUAAGGUUGGUACAUAAUUCUUAAAUACCCUUGCUCUCGUAAAAGCCAUUUUUGUUUGUUUUAUGGAUGAAAAUAUUAUCAGUAUUAUCUAACCAGUUACUAUAUUAUUCAAGUACUGAAUGUGCUUAUCAAAUUAUAUAUAUGUGUAUUUUGGAAAGUAUGCUAUCAUUUUUAAGAUUAGUAUUACAGUAUUGUUGUGUUGAUGUUAACAUUGCUAACAUAAGUACUGGUGUAAAGUUUAUCUUUAUGCAAGUUUAUAAAAUGAAGAAUAAAUUAUAAAGCAAUACCCUAAUUGUAUCCUAAGCUACAGAACAGGAUUUUUACCAAGACUAGCACUCAGCACUGUUUUCAUGCCAGAAACUGUGAGUUCUAGUUUGCAAUAGGAAUACAUACUAGUGCAAAUCCUUUGUCUGUAUUGUAUGGAAAUGUAGAACACAGGAUUUCCAAUAAGCAAAACAUGAGACAGUCAUUAUAUAUGUUGCAUGUGCAUGUACUCACUGAGAUUAUUUUAAAGAAAUACUUAUUUUAUUAUUUUACUUAUACUGUAUAUGUGUAACAUUAGUUCAUUCAAGUAGAUACAUAUGCUAUGUUAUCAAAGUGUACAUUACUAACUGUACUACCAUACUCAAUACAUUGGUCAUGUAUGUUAAAGUAGAUCAUUUGUUGUAAUACUGAGUCUAUGUAGUCUCUUGGAUGUAGCCUACAGUUAGUCAGGAUGAUCAUAAACUGCUUUGUGAUCAAUUAGUAACCAGUAUUUAAUUGUCUUAGUUCCUUUAACUUUUGUAAAGACAAAGUUGACUAAUGCUAAAUGGAAAUGGUCAAGACACAGAGGGGCUGGCAAAGAAAAUGUAUUUCUGAGAAUGUGCAAAGAUAGUAAAUCUCUGUGUUAAAUGUCCAUAAAUUGGCAUUCCGGAAUGUGCCUUAUUUGCUUAUUAGACAUGAAAUGUUUGCCUUUUUUAGUGCUUUUUAAGAAUUUUAUUGCUGAAUUAAACUAUUGAAACAGUA